AUAUUUUUAAUACAAUGUACUGGUGGCGAUUCGGAAAAAUCAUGUCAAAUCUAUAAAAAUACCAAAUUUAACUACUGGGGUACUGAGUGCGGCAAAUUUUGUCACCAAGCUGGUACCAGUGUCCAAUGUAAAUGGCACCAGUAUCAUAUGGGCUGUUUUUGCGAUAAAAACUACUAUCGCAAUCUUAACUGGGAUUGUGUACCGUUGGAGGGUUGCGAUAUUGUAGGUGACAGCCGUACGGGUAGGCCUAAACCAAAACCCCAGGGCCAACAAGUAGUACCACCGAAAACCGAACAAUCCAAACAGUGUCCGCCAAAUGAGGUCUAUCGUGAAUGCGGUAAUCGGUGUUUGAAUCAUUGCGAAAAAUUGAACAAUCCAUUGAGAUGUUCCCAUGAUGGUGGUCUACCAGUUGAUCAGCAAUGCGAUCCGGGUUGCUAUUGUAUGCCGGGACGGUUGAGAUCGUAUAACGGUGACUGUGUUAAGCCGCAAAAGUGUCGACAAAUGAUGCAAAAAGGUUGCGAUAAAUUCAAAUACGAUUUGGGUGUCGUCUACGUAGAGGUUAAGCAAUGGACAGGUAUACGGUAUGAAACGCGUAGAGGAGGAGGAGGAGGCAAAUUUACUGGCGGUAAAUUUAAAUCUAAUAGAACAUUCGGUGACCAUGGUGACAAUGAUCAUGAUUAUGAUGAUAUUAAUAAUAAACCUAAUAAACACCAAGGUCAUCCAGAUCGAAAUAAAACUACAAAACCUAAUAAACAAGAUGAUAAUAAUAAUGAUCUGGAUGAUAAUAAUAUUUCAACACCAGCAAUUGAACCAGUUGAUGAUGCUACUACUACUACUGGUGAUGAUACAACUGAUGAAAUCAAACACGUAACUCGAAAACCUAAUAAAAAUAAAGAUAUAACAGAUAUAACAGAUAGACCCGAUAGACCCGAUAGACCCGAUAGACCCGAUAGACCCGAUAGACCAGAUAGACCUGAUAGACCUGAUAGACCUGAUAGACCAGAUAGACAUAAACAUACUAAAAAACCCAAAGGAACUGACAGACCCGAUAGUACUGAUAAUACGAAUGAAACAGAUAGUCCAAAUUCAACCAAUAAUCCAAUUUCAACCGAUAAUCCAGAUACAAGCGAUAAUCCAAAUUCAACCGAUAAUCCAAAUUCAACCGAUAAUCCAAAUUCAACCGAUAAUCCAAWUUCAACCGAUAAUCCAAUUUCAACAGAUAAUCCAAAUUCAACCGAUAAUUUAAAUUCGAACGAUUAUCCAAAUUCAAGCGAUAAUCCAAAUUCAACCGAAAAUCCAAAUUCAACCGAAAAUCCAAAUUCAACCGAUAAUCCAAAUUCAACCGAUAAUCCUAUUUCUACAGAUAAUCAACAUUCAACUGAUAAUCCAAAUGAUGAAACUAUUAUUAUUACUACUACUACUGCAAAUCCUGAUCAAUCCGAUGGAACAACUGUUAAUCCUGAAGAAUCUACUGUUUCAGAGACAACUUACCAAGAUACUGUUAAACCAGAUAAUAAUAACGAUACCAAUUUGAAUGAUUCAGUUUGCAUACCUGGCCUUGUUGGUAGUAGUAGUACUAAUAAAAUUGAGACCAAUACUGACACUACUACCACUGGCACCGAUCAAACAGAUGAGUUGAUGACUACUGAAAAACAUGGAAAACAUAACGAUUCCGAUGACAACCUGAACAGCGAUAAGAAACCAAUGAAAUCUUAUUGUUCGCAAAGAGAAGAGUACAGCAAUUGUGGCGAUCGGUGUACAGAAAAGUGUCACAAUAUCUAUUUGAUGGACGAAUGUCCUGUUGAAUGUACGGCCGGUUGUUUUUGUCGGGAAGGCUAUCUACGGGAUGACGACAACAAUUGUAUACCGUUGGACGACUGUUUAGUUAUGAUGGGUCACAGGCCGACCACUACGACUACACAACGAGCUACACGUCCGCCAGUCAUACCCGAAUGUACAACACCGACACCUAAACCGGUCAAACCGGUUAGUAAUAAGGAAUGUGCGGUAAAUGAAAUGUAUAACACAUGUGGAUCGCCGUGUAAGGAAAGGUGCGAAAAUUCAGAUGCCCAAGAAAAAUGUCCGAAAAAUAUGAAUUGUCUACCUGGAUGUUUUUGUAAGCCCGGUCAUUUUAGAAAUUUAACUGAUGAAUGUGUACCAAAAAUGGACUGUUGGGGUGAUCUGAUACCAACCCAGAUGACAACGACGCCGACGCCACCAAAAACGUGUCCAAAUAGUCACGAAAUGUGGACCAAUUGUGGAUCCAAGUGCUCGGAAUCGUGCGAUCGAUUCAAAUAUGCCAACCAUACUGUUUGUCCGGCAAAAUGUUCAGAAGGUUGCUUCUGUAAACAAGGUUUCUAUAGGGACAGCUAUGGCUACUGUGUACCCAGUGAUCAAUGUGAAUGUGAUCUGCCACCAUUAAACUGUACGGAUCCCAAUGCUGUAUAUGAGCCAUGUUCAGAUAACUGUGUGCCAUCGUGUGCCAACAGUGAACCCAAAUGUCGGGAUACCUGUGGCCGUGGAUGUGUAUGCAAACAGGGUUACUUGAUCAACGAAAACGGUGUGUGCGUUAAGCCUGAAAAAUGUGGUCAGGAUGUACGGAAUGCCACUAUGAAGGACAAGCCUAUAGUGAAACCACCGAGCAAAUGUAUGGGCCAGCAUGAACGAUUCAAUAAGUGUGGUAACCUGUGCGCCGACUACUGUCAGCCCAAGUUUGAUGUGGACAACUGUCCCCAGAAGUGUGCCGAAGGAUGCUAUUGUAAGAAAGGCUAUAAACGUAAUAAAGCGGAUAAAUGUGUACCGAAAGACCAGUGCAACGAACGGCCGGUUUGUUUGGUCAAUGAGGAGUACAGCGAUUGCGGCAGUAAUUGUGGCCAACGGUGUCGUGAUUUGAAAAAGAGUGUCCGAUGUCCGCUAGUUUGCGAUACGGGAUGUUUUUGUAAACAUGGUUAUUAUAGAGAUGGAAACGGUACUUGUGUAUUAAAAGCUGACUGUCCAAUAGAUAACACACUUGAUUGCGGUCGCAAUGAAAUAUACAAAGAGUGUGGCAGUCAUUGUGGCAAUACUUGCGAAGAUCUCUUAAAUCCUGUUACUUGUCCGCCAAAUGAUUGCGAAAAGGCCUGCUUUUGCGACAAAGGCUACUACCGUGAUGUGGACGGUCAGUGCGGUACUAAAUUGGACUGCAAUUUACCGACACCUACUACACCGAAACCCAACUGCGAUGACACUGAAUACUAUGUCGAGUGCGGCAAUCGGUGCGAGGAAUCGUGUAUAGAGUCGACUAAAUGCAAGAAAACCUGCGAAUCGGGAUGUUUUUGUUUGAGCGAUUAUUUGCGCAAUUUGAACGGCAAGUGUGUGCCCAGCGAAAAAUGUAAGGGAUCGCCACAGUGUCUGGUAUGCAAACCAAACGAAUACUAUACUGAUUGCGGAUCGGAUUGUGGCCGACUGUGUACUGACCUAAAACCGACGGCCACUAAAACCAAGUGUACAAAACUGACGGCCUGUUAUCCGGGUUGUCACUGUCGAUGGGGUUUCUAUAGGACAGCCGAAGGCGAAUGUGUUACGAAAAACGAAUGCAAAUUCUUUAUGGACGACACAGACGGCGACAAUGAUCUGAAUGACGAAACUACUGAAUACGCACAGGAAGUCAAGGAACGGGCAAUGCAUGUAUUGACCAGAUCUAUGAAACACUCGAUGGCUAAUCUAGUGGCCAACUUUAUGGGCGAUAUUGAUGCCGAUGAUGAUGAUGAUCGGGAAGAUAUUGAUUAUAAUAAGGCUAAAGACAAGAAACAUCGUAGGAAAGGGGAAACGGGAGAUAGGGAUAGGGAUCGUAAACCACUGAUACAUAAUUAUGCUAACAAUGUUGGUGAUGGUGAUGGUGAUGACAAUCUACAAAAUUAUAAUAGUCUAGAUGAUCCCAGAUAUUUGGGAAAGGUACGUUCAAAGAGUAGGCCAUCACUAAAUAGCUUUAGCAAUCAGCAUGUUGAGGUUAUGCCUACCCAUGACCUACCUGUGCCGCCGCCGUCGUCCGGUCUACUUGAUGAUGACAAUGAUGGCUAUCAUCCACCUCAACAACGACGUCCACCACAUCCUAAUGAUAAAUAUUAUGAUGUAGAUGCUGAUUAUGAAAAGCACCAUGGUUAUCGACAUAAUAAUAAUAAUAAUAAAUAUCAUGAUAGUUAUAAUGAUCAUAAUAGUAGGCCAUCUAAUUAUCGUCCAGGUAAUUAUCAUAAUGAUCAAGGUCAUCAUAAUCAUUAUGGUUAUAACUAUUAGACAUAUUUAUUGUAAAUG